CACGAGCCCUGACGUGGUGAGCUGUGUAUCAAGGCUACGUGCUGUGAGUAGUACACUUGAAGAAAGCGACUUUAAACGAACACAUGUUUGAACAGAACCAGAUCGCCCAGAAGGUUCCAGUUGCAUUAAUAUGCCUAUAGACAAUAAUGAAGACCAAGAUUGUCCUGCAUUGUCCAGUCUGGCAAGUGAGGAAACUGACAAUGUGUCCAGCUGGGCAUCGAGUGCCGUCUGCAUUCCAGAGAUCCAGGGAGCACCAGCUCCUGCAGUCUGCCCUGGUAAUGCUGCGCCUGAAAACUCCAAAAAAGCACAGCUCCUGCUCCAUAUCAACCGUCAGGAGAUCCAGGCGGUGUCUCAGAAUGAUCAAGCAGCCGAGCUCCAGGGUUUGGGAGUGGACGUGUAUGAUCAGGAUGUUUUGGAGCAAGGAGUCUUGCAGCAGGUGGACCGAGCCUUUCAGGAGGCUAACCAGGCCACAGCGAGGGCAGAUGCGGCGAAAGAAUAUGAAUCUGUCCUGGAUGAUGUCAGGUCAUGCACAAGCGCUUUAAAACACAUCAACAAGAUAUUAGAGCAGCUUACUCCUCAUGCUGCCUCCAGCAAGGACAUCAGCCGGAAAAUCGACUCUGUCAAAAGGCAAAAGGAGAACAAGGAGAAGCAGUUAAAAAAGAUCCGAGCCAAGCAGAGGCGGUUACAGGCCAUUCUGAGUGGAGAGGAUAUUCAGAAGCUCGAGGCAGAGUUAUUGACUGAGGAUGAGACAGAGGCAGGCCCAUCCACUCAGGGCAGCAUGCUUAUGCCUUCUCAGGAGACAGAGUGGGAAGAGCUCAUCCGCACGGGUCAAAUGACACCUUUCGGCACACGCAUUCCUCAGAAGCAAGAGAAGAAGGAACCACGCAAGUUGAUGCUCAGUGAAAACUCAGGCUUUGAUAAGUAUCUCGCGGACCAGGCCAUGAUGGCAGACAGAAGAAAGAAACCAACCCCAAAGAAGAAAGGGAAGAUUUCCAGGAGUUCCUCCACCGACAUGACAAAAAACAAGGUGUCCUCCAAGCGAGAAAAGAAGCUAGAGAAACGAAUGCGGAAACUCCAAAGGACUGCCCUAAAGGCUCACCCCAAAGCAAGGCCCAAAACGGAGAAAGAAUUUUCCCAGACCAAACGGAAGGGCACAGACAGCGAGGGCUCUGAGUAUGUCCCCAGCGAUGAGCUUAUGAAUCCUGACGAACCAGAGCGCGAUGAUGAGUUCUGGCAUGAUGAAAAGGAAGAGUAUGAACUUAAGCCUUAUAAGAAGAAGGAGUCUAAAACCAAGAAAUCAAAAAAGGUGGAUGAGAGCGACGAAUAUCUUCCGAGCAGUUCUGAAGAUGAGGACGCUGAGAGAAAAGCCAAGGUGAAGAGGUACAAAGACGAUGGCGAUAUUGAAUUCUACAGGAAAAGAAUUAGGAAUUGGAAGAGGCAGAGACUUCAAGAGAAAGAGCGGAAGAGGCAAGCAGGAGAGGACGAGUCUGAAGAGAGCGAUGCUGAGUUUGACGAAGGUUUUAAGGUGCCGGGAUUUCUCUGGAAGAAACUCUUCAAGUAUCAGCAGACAGGUGUCAGGUGGAUGUGGGAACUGCACUGCCAGCAGGCAGGAGGCAUUCUGGGAGAUGAGAUGGGCCUUGGCAAGACCAUCCAAGUAAUAGCUUUCCUGGCAGGCCUGAGCUACAGCAAGUUGAAGACACGCGGCUCCAAUUACAGGUAUGCUGGAUUGGGGCCCACAGUCAUCGUAUGCCCAGCCACAGUUAUGCAUCAGUGGGUGAAGGAGUUCCAUAUCUGGUGGCCUCCAUUCCGUGUAGCAGUUCUCCAUGAAACAGGUUCUUUCAAUCAUAAGAAGGAGAAGCUCAUCCCUGAGAUAGCCGCCAGCCACGGGAUCCUCAUUACGUCUUACUCAUAUGUACGCAUUAUGCAGGAUUACAUUCAGAAAUAUGACUGGCAUUACAUAAUCCUGGAUGAGGGCCACAAAAUCAGGAACCCAAAUGCAGGUGUCACUGUUGCAUGCAAGCAGUUCCGGACGCCUCAUCGGUUCAUCCUCUCUGGUUCACCCAUGCAGAAUAACCUGAAGGAACUUUGGUCCCUUUUUGACUUUGUCUUCCCAGGGAAACUGGGAACGCUUCCUGUCUUCAUGGAGCAGUUCUCAGUGCCCAUCACUAUGGGAGGAUAUGCUAAUGCCUCUCCGGUGCAGGUGCAGACAGCCUACAAGUGUGCCUGUGUCUUACGUGACACCAUCAAUCCGUACCUGCUAAGGAGGAUGAAGGCAGAUGUAAAGGCCAAUCUCUCACUGCCAGACAAAAAUGAGCAGGUACUGUUCUGUAGAUUAACUGAAGAACAGCGGGAAGUCUAUCAGAACUUUUUGGAUUCCAAGGAAGUUUAUCAGAUUCUGAAUGGAGAUAUGCAGAUUUUCUCUGGCUUGAUAGCCUUGAGGAAGAUCUGUAACCACCCAGACCUGUUCACUGGUGGGCCCCGCAUGCUGAGAGGUGUACCUGCAGAGGAACUGAGUGUGGAGGAGCACUUUGGCUACUGGAAGCGCUCGGGCAAGCUAAUAGUGGUGGAGUCUCUGCUCAGGUUGUGGUUUAAACAGGGACACAGAGUCUUGCUCUUCACUCAGUCCAGACAGAUGCUGGAGAUCCUAGAGGUGUUUGUCAGGGAAAACGGAUACACCUUCCUCAAAAUGGACGGCACCACUACCAUCGCGUCUCGGCAGCCACUCAUAACACAGUACAAUGAGAACAAGGAAAUAUUUAUUUUCCUUCUGACGACCAGAGUUGGAGGAUUAGGCGUCAACCUAACGGGUGCAAACAGAGUAAUUAUCUAUGAUCCGGAUUGGAACCCUAGCACAGACACUCAGGCCAGAGAACGUGCUUGGAGAAUAGGGCAGAAACAGCAGGUAACUGUUUAUAGGCUGCUCACCGCCGGGACCAUUGAAGAGAAGAUUUACCACAGGCAAAUUUUCAAGCAGUUUCUUACUAAUCGAGUGCUCAAGGAUCCAAAGCAGCGGCGUUUUUUCAAGUCCAAUGACAUUUAUGAGCUCUUCACAUUCAGCAACCCUGAUGGCUCCCAGGGAACCGAGACCAGUGCGAUAUUUGCAGGCACUGGCUCAGAUGUACAGGUUCCAAAAAAAAACAAGGUGCCUCAUAGUUCACCAACAAAUCCAAAACUCAUGUCCUCAAAGCAGGAGAAUUCCCAAUCAUCUUUGCUGUGUAAAGAAAAUGCUUCACCAGGGUCCUUUAACAAAAAUGCUCCAAUUCUCAAUGGCUUUUCCAACACGAACUCCAGCAAGGAAAGUGACUCUUUAAUCAUGACAUCCACACCAACCUCCGCUCAUGGUUCAUUAACAAAUGGUCAUCAGCAGGAUCUCUUUAUUGCCAACACUCCUCAGAAACACAGGGAAAAGAAAAAACACUGCGAUGAGACUGAUGCAGUGAGCAAAACCUCAGAUAAACAUAAACACAAACAUAAAAAACGUAAGAACAGAGAAGAUGCACGGUUUGAGGGUCAUCGAAUCUCUCACCUGGUGAAGAAGAGAAGAUACAAAAGGGAAGACAGUGAGGAUCAGAAGGAGACCAAAGACGAGCAAAUGAACGACGACUAUGUUCUUGCCAAACUCUUCAAAAAAUCUGGGAUCCACAGUGUUAUGAAACAUGACACAAUAAUGGAGGCAUCGAAUCCAGACUUUGUCCUGGUGGAAGCUGAGGCCAACCGGGUAGCUAAAGAUGCCCUUAAGGCUCUGAAGUUAUCCAGACAGCAGUGCAGGCUGCCCCUCAGGGGAUCCACACCAACAACACAAGUGCCUGUCAGAAAAAGGUUUGGACAGAAGAAGAACUCUCGUCUCAACCAGUCCUCUGAGACAACACAAAAAACAGGAGAAAAAUGCAAGGAUGCAGAGUUAAUAAAGAAGGCAGGAAUCAAGAAACUAGGGUCUGCUGCCCACUUCAGUGGAGAGGGAGUGGAGGAAGAGGCGCUUUCUACCUCUCUUUCCUCCUCCUCACUUUUAGCCAGAAUGAGGGCCAGGAAUCACAUUAGCUUACCUCAGAGCCAAGAAGAAGAUGAAGAUGAUAAUGAACAAAGAGCACAGUCUUCCACACCACUUGCUUCCCCUACCGAGCAUGAUGAGCUGCUGGUGGAUUUGAGAAACUUUGUGGCCUUCCAGGCUCAGGUUGAUGGCCAAGCCAGCACUAAGGAGAUCCUGGAGUAUUUCACUCCAAGAUUAACGUCCACACAGACACCUGUGUUCCGAGAGUUGCUUAGAAACAUUUGUGACUUCCACAGGCUGCCCGGACAAGAGGGAUUGUGGAAACUUAAAACUGAUUACAGAUAAAGUAAAGGCAAUAUGUACAGUAACUUCAGAGUUUAUAUGCUUACCAUAUAGGUAUGAAUGAGCUCUACACUGGGAUAAUGCAAUCAUUUUGCACAUAUAGUGUAUGUUGAUGUCAUAUCGCAUGUUGGAUAAUGAUAUGCAAUUGCUGUAAAAUACCUUAUUACAUUUUAAUUACUCAUUUUGUACAUGACUGUUGUGGUGUACUCACCAGUAUUAUACUUGACAAGGUUUUUGUACAUUUUUAUACUUCCAUUUUUUUGUUAUAACUGACACUUACUUGAUAAAAACUCUGUAUAAAUGACAAUGGACAAAUUCAGGUCAUUCAGGGAGACUAACAUGGGCUAACUGUGACUGUAUAAAACACAACUUUUUUUCUGUAAGCUUGGUUAAGUAAUUUCAAUCUUAAUUUGGUGUGACAAUGUUUCUGUUUUGUAUAGAUAUGUUUAAAUAAUGUCAUCAUUACUGUUUACACAAGAUGUUUGAACACAUUCCAGUGCUCUGUUGCAAUGUGAAGUGUUGGUGUGAAAUAAUGAAUCUAUUUAUAUAAAACAAUGUUCUUGGUGACUGUAUUUGGAUGGUUAAGACAGUAAGGCAUCAUGUAAUACAAUAUUAUUACCAGCCAAAUGGGUCCA